CUAAAAAUUACACAGUAAUAUUGAGGGCUUUGAGGAGCGAACUAGUUGCGCGUGUGAGAUAAUAAAAAAUCGGCGAAUAAACGAAUAAAAUGGAUUGUGGCGGGGUGUUUGUUAAAUAUGUGCUGUUUAUCUUCAACAUUCUCUUUGUGAUAUGUGGUAUCCUACUCAUCAUAUUUGGAUCCAUUAUGCUAUCCAGCAUUGGGGACAUUAAAGAUGUAGUGAGCACAUAUGAAUCUCACUCAGUUCCCAUAGCUGUAUUGGUCCUUGGUUGUAUUAUCUUUGUGAUUUCCUUCUUAGGAUGCUGCGGAGCCAUUAGAGAAAAUAGUUGCUGUACAAUGACGUAUUCGGUUAUAAUGUUCCUCCUGUUCCUAUGUCAGUUGGCUUUGGUGAUCAUUAUAUGGGUUAAACGCCAGGAUAUUUUGAAUGCCAUGAAUUAUAGCAUAAAGACUAUUUGGGAUCAGCGACAAAGCGACCGGAGCCUUAUGGAUGGACUCGAAUUGAGCUUAAAAUGCUGCGGUUACAAUGGACCAACAGACUACACUGGCGAAAGUGUGCCUAAGUCCUGUUGCGGUGCCUCAGCCACAAACUGUAGCAUUGUCGAAGCACUCUUGCGUCCAGGUUGUCUGAAAGCCUUUGACAGAGUUUGGACAAAGAAUUUUGAUAUCAUCCGCUAUGCUGGUUUGGGUGUGGCAGGAAUUGAGCUGGUCGCCUUCAUUUUCGCUUGCUGUUUGGCUAACCAAGUGCGUAAUAAUGCCCGCAGAUCGAACUUCUAAGCGCAUCAAGACAUAUUGGUCCAGAUUUAAAACGAACAUUUGUAUUAAAUAUUUAUUUCAAUUAUGUUAUUUUGACUUAGGCCUAGUACUGACCUCAUUCACAGCAAAAAUGCCUAUUAAAUAAAUCCGAAAUCCGACGGCCAGAACACAAACAAAAGUCCAAAAACAAUAACACACAAUAAAGACAACAGUAUUGAAACCGAGUUGCUUCGGUCCAUUUCGUGAGCAUUUAAUUACAUUUGCAAUUAAAAUUGUGCAAAAUUUACCCUGAUACAGCGACAUAUCGCAACUACAAUAUUUUGCUCAUAGAACUCAGUACCACUGGUACUGAAUGUGUUCGCAUUAUCUUCGUCAUCGACUUAUUAUAGCGCGUUUUGACAGUUGUUCGUGUGAAAAGUCGAAGUCAGUACUAGGCUUUACAUACAAACUUACUUACACGAAACGAAGAAUAAUAGCAUUGCACCAAGUUUAAGGUAACAUAAGUAUGAAUAAAGAAUUAAUUUUUUAAUUGAUGCAAUUAAAAAAGUUAUUGAAAAA